AUGGUAACUCCUCCAUCCAGAACUCCCCGCAACGGAAAAUACCUAAAUGUCGGUCUAUUACGAGGAAAAACACCGAGUGAGGUAUCCUUAAUUAUUCGCGAACCCAGAGACCCAUGUGAUGAAUCGUCAGCUUCAUCCUCUCCUGUUGUAUCUGCAACUGGAAGCGAUGAAGAAGAAGUCGCGGAACAUGAAGAAAUUCCUUUAGGAGGUGAAUAUGCUGCUUAUGAUGAUGAUGAUGAUGAUGAUGAUGGUAAUGGUAAUGGUGGUAAUGGUGGUAAUGAGGAGGCAGAUAUUGAGGAAGAGGAGGAUGAAGAGGGGGAUGAGGAUGAUGGUAAUUAUGGAAAUGGUAAUGAAAGAAAUGAUGGUGAUAGUGGUGAUGAGGAGGAGGAGGAGGAGGAGAUUCAGGAGGUUGAGGAGGAUGCAGCGCAACCACAACCAAAGAAGAAAGUCCCAAUCGCACCUAGCGCGCGACACAUUCCACCCCAAGCAUUUUCAGCUUACUCGUCUUAG